AUGGUGUACAAGUCGUUGACUGAAGCUCCUCACAACCUCAAGGAGGGUAUUGAUUGGUUGAUGGCCGUGAAGGGAACUGAUGCUGAAAAGAACCUGAAGGCUUUAGGUGAGGCAGUUCACAAAUUUCUCGCAGACAAGCCUGUUGGUAGCAUGAAGGUGCCAACGCUUGAGAAAAUAAAGAGCGUUUCUAAGGAGUUCUUGCAAAAGCCGCGUUUUAAAGACCUGUGGUACGUAAAAGACAUGCUAGAUAAAUUCGAUGGGCCUAUGAAUAAAACCAGACAUAUGUGGUUGAAGCGUCAAACUGCUAAUUACCAUAGCGAUUAUGAGAACAUCAUACAAACAGCGGGUAUCACUGCUAAACACAUGGUAGAGAAUGUAAAUGAUGUUGUAGAUGGCUUUGAAAAGUUAUUGGAAAAGGUGAAAAUCCCCGAUCAGUAUAAGUCUGCUUACACUUCAGAAGCGACUUGGGUGGCAUCAUGCGGAAAGCGGCCGCAGGUUUGCGCAGUGGUCUUCGUUGGAAUCGCACCAAUGCUAUACACAGGUCUACGUUAUGUGUGGGAUUCCGCAAGAGCUGCCAUUCGAAACGGUCGGAAUUCUAGCGAGGAGAUGGGUUUGAAAGACGUGUUGAAGGCCGUGGGAUACGAGGAGCCAGGUUGUAACAUUAGUAUAAGCAGUUCAGAUAUACGCAGUGCGUCCAAUGAUGUGCAUCCGUAUAUAUUGGACAAAAUUUACGACAUCGGUGGAUUCUGGGCUUUCUAUGGAUCACAAAAUGUGGUAACUGCAAACGAUAUAGAAGCUGGAAUAUCUGAUGGCGUUGAAGAAGUUAUGGAACCCGUAGAGGUGGAAGAACCUGUAGACGACGUAAGCGGUGAGGAACCGGUGAAUGCUGCAAACGUUGAAGAACCUGUAUAUUCAGUCAAAGCGUCAGAACCUGUAAAUGCUGUAAACGUUGAAGAACCUGUGCAUGCUGUCAAAGCAUCAGAACCUGUAAAUGCUGUAAACGUUGAAGAACCUCUAUAUACCUUAAGAGAUGUGGCAGAGUUACAACACGUAGAACAUGUAAAACCUGUAAAGACUCGCAAAUUCUACAUGGGCAGCAGGGAAGUAUACGGAAUACCCGGGGUUGACAUUGAUAUGGGUUUGGUGAAUGCCUGGAAUUUCAGAAAGGGUAAGAAGCCUGUCAAAACACUUACUGGGCUAGGAUCGGACAACAUUUAUUAUCCGGGUGCACCAACAGUGGCGAACUUGAACGCUGCUAGCUUCAUUUGA